AUGUAUUGUCAAUUAACUUCCAACACCAGUCUUCUAGGUCCAGUUGAUUACCAAGCCACACUUGAACUUGAUAAUAUACCCGAAAUAGAUGUUGAUGAGCAGAAGCAGAGGUUGAGGGAAGACUGCACUCGUUUAUUGUUACCAAUGUUUUUUACAAGAGAUAAGUAUCGAAACUUAUCGAAGCAGGUACAUGACAGCUUAUGGGAGCGAUCCCACUGCCUCCAACUGGUAGAACGAGCGCUACCUUGUCUAGCGACGGUCACGCACCUCGCGGCGCGGUCCACGGAGGACUGCCAGGAGUGGGUGAACGCUUUGAAGCCACUGUGCGUCCCGCAACUUAGCAGGGCCACAUCCAAAGUGCCGAGGCUACGGGAACUUAGAUGUCUUACUUUACAUAUUCUUGACGCACACCGUUUGCCUUAUAAGCUAGUACCGCAGCCUUAUGUUACUAUCCAGCUGAACAACCAGGUCAGGGUAGCGCGGACCAGGGCGAAAUCUGGGCCCGAUCCGGUUUGGGACGAGGAAUUCGUAUUCGAUGAUGUGCCAUGUGAUAUAGUGUCAUUUACUUUAACUGUACAUAACAAAGGAAAGAGAGGUAAGGAACAGGAAGUGGCAGAGUUACACGUUGAAUUGUCGUCGUUGGGUAAUGGUGAAGAACGGGAGGAGUGGUAUACGCUGUCGGGAUUAACGCCGAUGGGUGAAUGGGGGUCUCUGAGGCUGAGAACGAGGUAUUUACAUGAUUUGGUGAUGCCCGCUGAAGAAUACAGCCCCCUCCAGCAGCUCCUGCUAGAACCGGGACUAACCUCGGUUAAAACUUUAGCAGAAAUCUGCCACGCCGAUAGGGCGCCUCUAGCUACAGCUUUGUUGAGGGUUUUCAGGGCCGAGGGCAGGGAAACUGAGCUGUUACGUGAAUUGAAUUCUGCAGAGAUUGCGAGGGAAACGGAAACAUCGACUCUAUUCCGAGCCGCAUCCUUGGCUACGACUUUAAUGGACCUGUAUAUGCGUGCUGAGUGCGGGGGAUUUUUGCAGGCUGCGGUGCUGGAGACGGUUCUUCGGUUGCUCGAAAGCAAGCAAAGCGCAGAGCUGAAUCCCGCCAAGAUGGACUCGUUAGAUGACGCUUGCAACAACGCUGAAUUUUUGCUACAAAUAUUAGAUCAGGUGACCUUAAGUAUAUUCAUGUCUCCCGACGCGUGCCCCAGGUCCGUACGAUACAUUUGCGGUUGUCUACAAAAGGCUGUGAUGGCCAAGUGGCCCGACGAGAGGUUCGUCAGGACCCGGGUGGUCUCGGGAUUCAUCUUCCUGAGACUGCUGUGUCCGGCACUGCUUAAUCCGAGGCAGUUCGGCCUCGUCAGCGAACAACCUUCUCCAGCGGCUACGAGAAGCCUCGUCAUGGUUGCCAAGUGCUUGCAGAAUCUGGCAAAUUUAGUGGAAUUUGGCGGAAAGGAGCCGUACAUGGAGGUGGUAAACCCCUUCAUCUUGAAGAACAAGGAGAGGAUGGUGGUCUUUCUCGACCAGCUCUCCAUGGUGGGGGAUCCCGGCGAGCCGCGCAUCACGAUCAAACCUGACACUGCCAAAGAACUGGCUACACUGCACCACAUCUGCGUGGCCCACAUCACCGAGCUCCAAGCCGUGGCCAAAAUCAAUCCGAACAUUAAAACGUUAGUGACGGUGGCGGAUAUGCUGGCCAAGCACAAGCAGAAAUACCUAGAGAUGAUCAGAUAGUAACCUCGUAUCGGAGGCCGCUCAGAAAGCUAAGUCAUUGAUUUGUUUUUUUUUUGUUUUUGGUUUUUGUACAGGGUGUAACUUUUCUUUUGUUUUCGUUUUUCAGUAGUAGAGCAUGGAAGGUGGGACGAGGAGGUGAUUUCUGCCAUGUGUGUUUUUUUAUGAAUUUUUUUGGACUGUCAAUAUCCUCCACUUUUUUUUAGAUUAAAAUCAGUGUAACUGUUUCUCGUCCCACCUAGUAGAUAAUUAUAAUUCUUAAUCCCCCUUUUUUUUAGAGAACGGGUAUGUAUUCACUUACUUAAUGUGACAAUUAAUAAAAACUUUCCCAAAAUUCUAAUUCAAGACAUUCCGAUAUACUUUUUGUAUUUGAAACUAUUACAGCCAUCUUGUAUUGUCUCCUAAAUUUAAUUAAAAAUUAAAUAUUGGUUGUUGAAGGGAAAAGUUUAUUUUUUCCACAAAAUGUGCCAAAUAGCGCAGAAAACCCUUCACGUGGAUGUCGCGUUAAGUAAAUGAACACGUGCCCGGAAAUUUACUCAGGCAAAAUUAAUAAGAGUUCAUUUCACUUUUUCGGAGAUAAGGACACAAAUUACGAGUGGGUUGCCGCCCAAAAGAAUAACACCAACCCGUUGGUAUGUUUUAUCUUUUUUCGGUUUGACUAAAAUGUUCAAAUCAAAAACCAACUUGAAAUUAGACUGUACUAGUUUUGUUUAUAAGACUGUCGAAAUGAAGUUUAAUCUAAGUCAGUAGAAGCCUAACGAAGUAGCAAAGUAUCUCAGGACAGAAGACUGUAGCAUAUGUAAAAUUGUUAUUAGCUUCAAAAGUUCAAUUUAUUGGGAUUUUGAAUAAGUCCUCGCUGUUUCUUUCGUGAAAAUGAACGCUAUAUUUAAAAAAAAAUUGUAAAAAACUUGUCACUGAAGGUAUUGUCCAACACUAGUCACUACUUUUUCCCAUCUUUCUGGCAGUAUUUUAAUUUCACGUCGGAAAAACGACGUCUUUUGAGGCUAUCCAAGAGGCGAACCAUUUUUAGGCAUCUUCAUAGGAAUAGAAGUGCUGCUCAACCAGGCCAUGUUCCAUCGAUCGGAAUAAGAGAUAGUCAGUAGGGGCAAUGUCUGGUGAAUAUGGCGAGUGGGGUAGGACUUCCAAUUUCCGUUUCCAAGUAGGUCUUUACAGUUAAUGCAACAUGUGACGAGCGUUGUCAUGCUGCAAAAUCACUGUCAUGUCACUACUUGUAUAGCGGCCAUUUUUCCUUCAAUGCUCAGCUCAAACGCAUCAGUUGUAGUCGAGAAUGAUCUCCCGUUGUUUCAUUCGAUUUUAGCAGUUCAUAAUAAACUAAACCAAGCUGAUCCCACAAAAUGAAGAGCAGAAACUUCGAACCAUAGAUAUACUGCUUUGCCCACGAUGUUGACGCAUGGUUGGACUUGUCCCACGAUUUUCUAUAUUUAGAAGUAUCGUAACAUAUCCAUUUUUCAUUGCCAGUCAUGAUAUGAUGCAAAAAAUCUUUCCGUUUCUGUCGUUUAAGUAGCUAUCCACAUGUGCAAAGAUGUCGUUCGACGUCUCUAGAUUUCAACUCCUACGGCACUCACUGUUCUUGCUUUUCAAUAAUUCUCAAUGCUUUCAAACAAUUCGAAACUGUUAUUUGAUUAACUCCUAAUGAUUCUGCAAGUUCAGCUAGCGACUGUGACAUGGGUCUUCAUGAAAUAAUGCCUCCAAUUCUUCAUCUUCAAGCUGAUUCGGUGCGCCAAAGCGUUCUUUAAAUUCAAUAUCAAAAUCAUUAUUAUUGAAGUGUCCAAACCAAUCUCUGCAUGUUGUUCCCGAAAGCAAAUUAUGUGUGCUUCAGCUACAGAUUUCUUUUACUCUUUUUGCGGCACGAAAUUCAACAUGUUUAAAACAAAGAGAGAAAAAAAAUGGGAUACACUGAAUUUCAAGCUUGCUUAUAGUACUUGCUUAUAGGUAUGUUAUCAUCUUAAGCUACAGGCAAGCACCAUCUAUCAGAAAACAGCGAGAACUUAUUCAACGUUCCAUUACUAAAAAAUUUUGCAUCUCGCGGUAGAAAAAAGUUUGACGUUCAGCAAUUAUAAAAUUUUGGAGACAGACAAUUUUUUCAAACAAUUUUCUAUUGGUUGAAAUACAACAAAGAAAAAAAUGUGGCUAAAAGUGCCAUCAAAGCUAAAUGUCUAUGUAUUUAAAUUAAAUUAUGAAUGUUUGAAACGUGCUACAAAGUUUGUGUCUGAGCUAUUUUCUUCUUUACUUGUACAACAUAUUAUUUAUUGUGCUAACAGUAAUAGUAGAUAUAAUAUAUACUCAUAGCCACAUGCAUUAUAGUCGAUGUUUGAGAUCAUAGACCAUGACUUUAGCGUGCACCGAAUAGUGUUAUUUUUCCAAAAUAUUUUAUUAUCCAAAAAGCCCUUAAUAAUCUCAUUUUUAAACAUCAUAAAUAAAAUUAAUAUUAAUGUUAGGUAAAAACUUUUAUACAUUUUUAUAUAUUACCCUAAUGUAGAGUAUUUGUUAACCUAUUUUUAUAGUAAUCCAUUUUUUUAUUAUAUAUGUACUGUAUUUAAUCGACGGAGUAUUUUAAAAUAAUUUAAGAGAUAAUAUUAGAUGUAGCCCAGCCUUUACAGAGGGUCGACAUUUUGGAAUACUCUGCAAUUUGUGACUGUGAGUAGUACUGCGUUUAACAACAAAGACAAGAGUUAAUAUUGCGUUUACUUUUGUCCUAAAUACUAUUUUUUGUGCUUAUUUCAUCUAAGAAGCAUAAAAAAUAAAAACGAUGCAGACGGGCACUAGUUUAUUAACAUGUAACGUGUAUUUUUUCCGUCAACUAACGAAAUAUAUACAUUACUUAGUUUGUGCCUCCUGCAUCAUUAUUUUUUAAAUCUGCAAUAUGUAUAUGUUGUAGAUUUUUAAAUAUGAUGUAUAUCUCAGUUGUAGAUCACUGUAUACUAUCCCUUGAUAUGUACUUUUAUAUUAAAAUUUUAUUCAAGCAAACAUCAGCUUUUCGUUGUCAAUUACGAUAAACGACAUAAUGUACAAUUAAAUAAAAUUAUUUUA